UUUCAAACAUAUAUCCCACCUAUUACUACUAUUACUGCUAGCGUAACUUCUAUUCAAGCGUCUGUUUAUCUUCUAUAAUAAUUGUCUUCUUCAUAAUCUAGACAAUUCUUGAUUAAUCGUAAUAAUUGGUAAAUUACAAGGAUAACCGAUAAUUGCUGUAAUAAUAGGUCUCUUGGCUGUGGAAUAUCAGCGAUGAAUUCUCUAAUCAUGAAGUGUUUUGGGAAAGGAAGAGGAUGGAUUCUGUCGCUGAAAUUGGGCAUUUAGUCGUCGGGAAAUUCUUCAGCUCCUCCAGUUGAAUUCUCAGAUAUGUCGAAUUAUUUGUCCUUAGAUUCAUAGAUUUCCAGAUGAAAUUCAGUUUCAGAUACAAGAUGUUGCAGUUUGUAACCCCAAGAAAAAGUAUCCUACUGUAGUUCCUUUGCAUAUGUGUGUAAUUGGGGAUUAUAUUUCAAGUCUUGUGUGUAAUACCAUUUUAAAAUUCUAUACAGAUGUAAAAUGAAACUUGUUUUGAGUGACUAAUGGUUAUGUAUUGAAAAAUUAAUGAUCUUCUGUUAAUGAUUUUUUGUCAGAAAUAUUUUGUAAUGAUAAGACCAGUCUGAGGGGGGCACUUUUGUAAGGAAGAAAUUUGCAACUGGGCAGAUAAAAGCAUAGUAUGUUUUAAGAAUCUAUCCUGAAAUUUGUAACUUGAUGGCACUGAAUGCAACGUAGAUUAGAAUAGAGGAACCAGAAUGGUUAAAAUGGGAUCAGAACUUUCAUCAGAAUUGCCUUAGAAGAGCGAGAUGGAAGAUCCGUUAUCAGACUCUCCGGUCGAUCACGAAAACAGCCACAACUCUUUGUCUUUAGAUCCGCUUGUGGAAUUCAAGGCAGAGCCAGAAACAAGUGAGGGUUUUGAGGCUGACGUGAAGUAUUCGUGCAGAGUAGAGAUUGAGAAUGACAUUCUCAGCAGUUGUGUGGAGGAGGAGACGCUUACUAGUGAAGAACUUGAAGGUCCUCUCAUAACUCAGGCAGAAGUCCCUGAGAAAAAGAAGCCUUACAUCUGUGGGUAUUGUGAAGAGGCCUUUGGCGACAGGUACUCCCUCAAACUGCAUGCCGUGGCUCACGCUGGGGAGAAGAGGUUCAAAUGCCCCGAGUGUGGGAAAGCCUUCUUCAGGAAGAACGACCUGACGAAUCAUGUGAGAACCCACACUGGCGAGAAGCCUUACACCUGUGCGGAAUGUGGCUCGGCCUUUGCCGUGAAAUGCCACCUCACCAACCACAUGAGGAUCCACUCUGGAGAGAAGGCGUUUGUUUGCGCUCAGUGUGGGAAAGCCUUUUCCGUCAGGAGCUACCUCACUAGUCACUUGAAAGGCCACACUGGGGUCAGACCAUUCAGCUGUAACUUGUGUGGCAAGGCAUGUACUCAUAAGAGCGAUCUAACCAAGCACAUGAAGGUGCACACCUGCGAUAAGCCCUUCUCCUGUAGCAUCUGUGGUAAGGCGUUCUCCCACAAGGGUGGCAUCACCAGACACAUGCGCACACACACUGGGGAAAAGCCUUUCGUGUGUACGGAAUGCGGGAAAUCUUUUGCCCAAACAAAUGAGCUCAAGCAGCACUUUCGUACCCAUACGGGAGAAAAACCAUUUGCCUGCGACACUUGUGGUAAGGCAUUUCCGCGGAAGAUUGACCUCGCGACUCAUGUCAGGGUUCACACUGGAGAAAAACCAUACAAUUGCAGCGUCUGCGGGAAGGCUUUUGUGCAAAAGAGUCAUGUACUGAAGCACAUGCAUGUUCACACUGGAGAGCAUUCGUGAGGAACUAGGGAAAGAGAAUGUAUUCAGCAAAAUGAUCUUGAACAGUCUUUCAAUGCAGAUGAAGGCUCUGUCAGUAAUAAUAGAGAUUAUCCUUAGGAAAAUAGUCUUGCAACACAGACAAGUACAUACUCACUAUCAGAAAUAAUUGUUAAACCGACAGAAACUGCGUUGCUUAAUUCCAGAUGAGGAACCUCACAGAACCUGCUUUAAUACACCCCAGGAAACCCAUUCCUUUGAGGUGAUUCGGUGCUGUUGGCUGAAUGUAUUUUACAAGAAUUACUAUGCGAAUAAGCCAAGGGAACCCCACUUUCUAUCCUCCUUUAAAUUUCUUUGUCAGAUACUAUACAAACUGCUUGGUCAGACCAAAAACCAAAUUCUCAGAAUACCAGAAAAAUAUUUAAUUGCCAAGCUAAUAAAAAUGUCAGAAUAGACGUGGUUAAGAAAUCUUUUGUUCCAACAUCGCACAGAAUUCCAGACAUGUCAUUCCUCAGUAGAAGGAGCAAUAAGAGCAUCUGCUUUCAUUAUAUGCUCUUAUUUUUCAGAAUGCAGUUUUUUCUUGAAAAAAUCCUGUCCAUUUUUAGAGCUUUAUGUCAGCUACAGCGUGAGAGACUUGUCACUUAUCAGAUUGACAGUUAACUUUAGGUGCUACUUACCAAAUAUCUUACAAAGUCCAUUAAAAUAAACUGGAUCAUUAACCUUUUUACAGAAUUAUAUUAAACAAGGGUUGGACAUUACUAGUCUUAAACUGUUACCCUAUUCUUGAAUCCACAUUUGUUCUUACACGAUAUACAAACCCUCGGUCCUUUACAUUAGGAAUUACUUUACAUUGAAGCUGGAACAUGGCUGUUAAAACUCUUGAACAAGGUGGUUAGGCAGUAACUACUGUCCAGUAGGGAGGGAGACCCACCUGCCUGGAUGUAAACAUUCCACUUUACUUUCGGCCAUCUUCGAGUAAAGAUGUGUUUGUGAGCUUUUGCGAAUUGGCUGUUAAUCACGAUUUGCCAGUGGGAUUUUUCCUUAAUUGGUUUGAAUAUACUGUGUUUGAUAAUAAUAAUAUACAAACCCACUUUUUGUGAUUAACCUUGCUAGCUGCCUUUCCCUUUGUGUAUUAGAGGUUAGUGACAAGGGUGUAUUUACACUUUUAUCAUUUACUCUCACCCUUUACUAGUAAGGGCGCGAUAGUAUAUUUAUUUGACAUUUAUGUUUAUGCUUUAGGAAAAUUUACUGGGGGGAAACUUCGGAGAUUCGCUUUUUGGUUUUUCCCUGCCAGUAUUCUUUCUUCUCCUUUGCCCUCUUUGCUUGCUUAUCGGGUAAAGAAAAGGAUGGGGUGUGGUUGUGUGGUGUUGAUAUUUGGGGAUCUCCUCUUGUUUUGGAGGGCAGUGCCUUUUGGUGCGAGAGGAGUAUCCUUCUUUUUAACCCCUUAAAAGACUUAUUUUUUCAACAUAAUGUUUCAAAAAGAAUCUAAUUGUUUUAUUGAAUUAAAUUAAAAUUUAACUUGUUUAGACUCUAUUCUAAUUUGAUUUCAACAGAAAAUUGUGAUUAUUUUAUGUAAAAAUUGU